GCUUCGUUUCAUUGCCAUCUCAGCUAUGCCGAGCGGAUUCGGCGGGCUCUUGGGUGGUGAGGGGCAAAAUCACAGGACAUGGAAAAUUAACUGGCAAGAGGAGCUGGGAACGAUGAAGGGAUUCCUAUGAAGCACUGGGACUAUCAUGGGAGAUCGACCUGGCUCUACAGGACCGGCAAGUUCCAGGCCUUUGGCUAUGUCCGUGGCCAUCCCAGUGGUGACAUGAACAACGCCCCCACGUACCAAAUGACACGGCAGUGGGGUCAUGACUUUGCCGCGAUGAGGGUGACGCUCUACAGGACCAGUCGAGCUGAAUAUGAGCACAAUGCCUUUCGCCAUGCCCAAGGUGCAACGCGGGCAGGGAGCUUGCCUUGCUUGCACCAGUCGGCCAAACAAGGCAUUCGUCCACGGGAGACCUUCAGUGAAACGCACGCGAAGCACAUCUUAGCCGCGCUUCCUCCGAUCUCUCCGUGGUAAGAUGAAGAACCUGGAGGAAGUGAAAGCAUUUUUGUUGAGUCCAAAAAUAACUUCCCAGUUGAUCAAUGUCGAUCAGAUUGGUUGGGCUUGGCACAUUG